AUGAAACUUUCACGCACUUUGACAACUUUUGCAGCCACUUUAGCAGUGGCCCAAGCAGCAACCUUAACAAUCGAGGUUACUGUUACUUCAACGCUGACUUACUUGAUGUAUGUCACCACCACUAACACGCAUUAUGUUUUUACAACAAUAUACGGAACACCUCCAGGGUAUUUAUUGAGGACAACUACAUCAACAUCAACCUCACCUGCAGAAUCAUCUUCUGACGUUGCUGUUGAACCAACUACAAGCCUGUCAUCAUCACCUGCAGAAGCAUCUUCUUCGUCAACUGACGUUGUUGUUGAACCAACUACAAACCUGCCAUCCUCACCUGCAGAAGCAUCUUCUUCGUCAACUGACGUUGUUGUUGAGCCAACUACAAGUCUGACAUCCUCAGUUGCUGAAGAGCCGUCUGUCCCAUCGUCAUCCACGGUUAUUACCCCACUUGAGCCUACCUCAACUGACGCUUCGUCCACUGCAAUUGAUAUAGACACUCCCACAGUUGUUGACUCGACUACGCCUUCCUCGACUGAAGCUUCGUCAACUGCAAUUGACAUAGACACUCCCACAGUUGUUGACACUUCCACUUCAUCAGAAGCCUCCACUGGACCAUCAAGCUCAUCAGAAUCAUCCAGCCAACUGCUGACUAGCACAGAGCCUUCCACCCCAACUUCAGUUGCCGAUAAUGUGCCAACAUACGACAUUGAAUGGUCUCAGGAAAUUUUAGCUGCUCACAACUUCUAUAGAGCACAACAUGGUGUUCCCAACUUAGUCUGGAGUAAUGAGGCAUAUGAGUAUGGUAGAGCAUAUGCAGAAUCAUCAUAUGACUGCUCGGGAACGUUGGUCCAUUCUACUAGUUCAACGUACGGAGAGAACUUAGCUGCUGGAUAUCAAGGUGUUAAUGCGGUUGAUGCGUGGUAUGAAGAAAUUGACGAUUACGAUUUUAAUGAUCCUGGAUACGUUAGUGGUACUGGCCAUUUUACCCAACUUGUUUGGAAAUCGACUACUAAGGUUGGUUGUUUUAGGCUUCCAUGUGAAGGUUAUGAUUAUAAUCAGUACACAAUUUGUGAAUAUUGGGAACAUGGUAACUUGGUUACUUCUGCAGAUAAUAGGGGUACUGCCUACUUUGUAGCAAAUGUGCUUCCUCUUCUCCAAGAACCGUGGGUUCUCAGACCUGGGUCGGACAUCUAUGAUUAG